CAUUUUGCUGGAGGUUUUCCCUUAGAGUCCAUUUCCUCACUGGCUCCCGAAACAUGGCGCCCUUAGCUCACUGCAGGUGCUCUAUCGUGUUGGUUCAUGUAACAUCCAGGGCUGGGAGCUCUAGUGAUUAGAACCUCCAGCAGCAGCAAAUGUUAUUGUCAUCGCCUGGUCCCAACCCAGGACAGACCCCAGGGCCCCUCUGCCCUCUCCUCCUGUGCCAGCCGGACCAGCUGUACCCGGCUUCUGUGAUACAAAUACAAGUAAAGUAAGAGUCUGCUAACAAGACUCCAAGAAUCGUCUUUCAAUCUUUUUCCCAGACUACAGUGAGUGACUGUCCCCAAUUAUAACUUACUUCUAAUACUUGAAUCACGACACGAUGCCCAAGUGUAUGGUCAAUGGCUGCAGAAACCGGCAAAGGAAAAGUGGGGAAGACUUCUCGUUGCAUUCUUUUCCAAAUACACGAGAUAAAAUAAAAUCCUGGCUCUUGGCCACCGGUGACCAUUUUGACGAUAUGGAUGCUGUCAUUCAGCAUAUCAUGCAGCGGAAAAAAGCCACCACUUUCCGAAUAUGUUCUGAUCAUUUUUCUCCAAAAUCGUUUUCGUCCACGCCUAAAAAAAGGUUUCUGAAACCUGGUGCGGUACCAACCAUUUUUAAAAAAACUCCUAGAGUCUUAUCUAGAUUACAUGAAAUGACUUCAGCGUCUCAAGAUGGCAUUUCUGAUACAGAAAUGGACAACAGCCAUUAUGGUGGUACUCCAGAAUCUACCUCCUUUGAAAGUAGUAAUGGUGCGCCCGGUUUGAUUGUGUCUGACCAUGAUUAUGUUGCAGAUUACUGCUACGUUAUACCUAUUGCUUCAAAAUUCUGUAAUAAAGAGACAAGUUGUAUGAUGAUAGAAACAUCAGACAAAAGUGUUUCUACGGUAAAAUACAUGGGACGUAGGAAUGUGUCAACUCAGACAUAUUGUAUUGCUGAUAAAAAAAACGCAGCAACUUCAACCAUUGAUUUGUGCAAAAAACGUGAUGCUUGGACGUGGACGGGUAUUCCAGAAGAAAUGGCUCCAGUGGCCCAAGAAUCCAGCACAAGAAAACGUUUGCAACGGAAAUCUAAAGAUCGUGGCUUGAAGAAUCAGGAAGUGCCAGCAUCUGGUUCAGAGGAGGUAAUGGACAUCACUUCACCGCCAACCAUAAAUCAACCUUGUACAUAUGGUGAAAUUCAGUUUAUGCCAGUGUUUACUGUCUCGUCGCUACAGAUCAAUUCAGGAAUGGGUGCGACUGUGACUGAUUCGGCGAUGAACGCCUUGACUGAUCUUGAUUCUUGUGCUGAGAAAGAGUCAACAGAAUUUGGAGAACUCUCGUUUUCAGCUGCGCCUACCCCCGACGACUUUAUAGCAGAAAAGAAAUUCAUAGUUUUUGAGACUUGUCUUGAUCAGUUAUUGCGCUGUGUUCAAACUUGCAAGCAUGCCGAAACGUGCACUGCACCAAUAGUUGUAAGAGACAAAAUCAUCAAAGGGACAUUGCUGACAGUAUAUACUACUUGUGAAAAUAAUCAUCGUUGUCUUUUUUGGCAAAGCCAACCAAUGAUUGGCAAAAGAUCUUGUGGUAAUAUUUUAGCCAGUGCCUCAGUAUUAUUCAGCGGAUCUAAUUUUUCCAAAGCAAGUGAACUGUUUAGGAUAUUUGGUGUUUCUUUCAUUUCUGAAGCUAUGCAUUUUAUAUACCAAAAAAAGUUUUUGUUUCCAGUAGUUGAUUUGCACCACGAGAAAGAGAGAAAAGCAAUUUUAGCCAGGCUAAAGGGACGGGCAUUGUGCCUCUCAGGUGACGGACAAUUUGAUAGUCCAGGCUUUGGUGCCAAAUAUUGCACAUAUACACUUUUGGAAGAAAGCACUAAAAAAAUAAUAGAGUGUAAUACCGUUCGAGUUCGUGAAACCAAGUCUUCUGUAGCCAUGGAAUCGAAGGCAUUCCAGAAGUGUAUAGAUCAGGUACUUGAAGAGGGAUUGAAAAUUGCCAUUUUGGCAACAGAUAGACAUGCUAACAUCCGUAAAAUAAUGAAGGCCCAAUACAAAAAUAUUAUCCACCAAUUUGAUGUUUGGCGUUACUGCAAGAGACUUCGCAGGAAGCUUGAAUCCAUAACAAGACACAGGUUGUACAAAGAGCUUGCACCGUGGAAUGCCAUGAUAAUCAAUCAUAUGUGGACAUCUUGUUUCUUGAGUAAAGGCAAUGUUGAAUUUCUCAGAGAAAGGUGGAAGGCUGUGCUUCAUCAUAUUAAGAAUGAGCAUGCGUGGGACAAUGGGACUCUCAUAUACAAGUGUGAUCACCAAGAAAUUGUGGAGUCAGAAGAAAGAACGCAUUGCUGGGUUGAUGAGAAAAGCCAGGCUUAUUCUAAAUUAGGAAUAUUUGUUAGGGACACACAGAUUCACAGGGAUUUGGAAUAUAUGGCAAAGUUCUGCCACUCAGAUGAUCUCAAUAUCUUCCAUAGUCUGGUUUUCAAAUAUCGCCCAAAGCAAAUUCGUUUUACAAUGGACAGUGUUGUAGCCAGGACCAAAUUAGCCGUUUUGGCCCACAAUGCAAAUGUGGACAGGAAACAAACCAACGUCCAGAAAAAUUUGAAGGAAGGAACCAAGCAAGCCGGUGGUGCAAGCAGUAGACCGCAUUUGUCCAAAAAAGGAAAGAACUGUCAGGUGAAAAAAAUUAUUGAACCUGCAUCAUUUGACUUCAUUUUCCCGAUGGUAGCUGAUGUAAUAAGACGGGCUUUAAGUGAAUUUGAGGUUACCUGGGUGCCUCAAGGAUUUUUGCUACCUUCUAAUAUUGCCACCAUGCCAGGUCCUUCAACAAAAGCAUUCGAUACUAUAUCGCAAUUCUCUGUUUAGGCUAAGAAGAUUGUAGAAUGUUUACAAGGCUCUUUAAGAAAACAUUAGCAACUGUGUUUCUUGUAAGAAGACUGAGCCCCAUGACUUUUAGAAUUUAAAAUCUUUUAGAUGCGCGUGUGUAUGU